CUCAAAGCUAUGAUCAUUGGCAUUCCAAAUCUCGUGUCAGCGCCAGCUGGCAUGGUUUCUAGCAAGAGGAAAUUGCUCCUGUGUUGAUCAGCUGAUCAAGCGCUCGCAGUCUGGCAGCGGCGGCCUUCUCUGGGAGCCGCUCUUCAUUACUUUUUGGUGAACAUGCCGAUUUUAAUGGUGAGUGCCCACUGAAUUGCUAGCACGCUGGCAUUGCGAGAGGGCGGUGCGACCAGUUGCAGCUCAGCAGCUCCUCUUGACAGCACCAAAGGAUGGCUUCUGCAAUUGCGCCGCGGCUCCAGUCCCGCUACAACACUCAAGGUGCGGCAAGGGUGACUUGCAGUCAACAGCGGCAUGUGCUCCCUCUUCCUACGAUGGCCCGCCUGGGGAGAAAGUUUGUCCCGCUGCCCCAGCCAAGACAAAGCUGGCCUCUAAGGGCCCUUCUGCCUUCAUCUUCAAAGCAGAUUGGGUCAGCAACGCUGCAAUCACAGUUUGGCAUCAGCAGCAACACCAGUGGUCCGCUCCAGAUGUCCUACAGCUAUGGCUCCUCUCGUGAAACGGAGGGCGACAUCCAGAAGUGGACGCUUCUGCAAGUGCGCGGCUGGGUCCUGGCCGCGUGCGCUCUCACCUUCUUGCUGGCGCCCGGCUACGUCUUCAACGAGGUGCUCCCGAACCUCGGAAAGGUGUUCAAAGACCCGCGGGCCUACCCUGAGGUCUGGUCGUUCGGCCAACAAGCUAAGGGGGCAGUACGGCACCUCCCCACGCUCGCGCACUUUGCCGGGGCCCUGUUCUUCUCGUCCUCCGUGCUGGACAUCCUGAUUGCCCGCGCACGCUCCCACGAGGCCCUCCGCUUCAAGGUUGUGGGCGACAUCCUCGCGUCGGUUAUCUUGGUGGCAUACCUUUCGUCGAGCAUCAUCUGGAACUUUUAUCCGCGGAGCGACCUGGCACUCGUCGUGCUCUACUUGCUCCGCGGGCUGUGGGACCUCCGCAUCUGGUUCGAGGAGAACUACGCAGACUGAGCGCAGGGCGGCGGUGAUGUUGACAUAUGCUGAGCGCUGCGAGUUGACGUGUCGGUGUUAGCCUCUGUAUAUAGAACUUGCUGCGCUUUUCAUCUCUGUACAUAGAACUUGCUUCGUUGAAUAUUGUUGCCUUCAAAUUGUUGUCAACUUCAUGUACGCAAACGAUCUAGGGUCACUUUACGUUUGACAACUUCCUUUAACUAGGGGCGGCUAUCAAAGAGCGAAGUGUUUGAGAGUGCUUCUCAUUGAGUAGUCUGCGUGGAAUUACUUCAAAUCCUCCCGAGAUUCAAUGUCGGAGAGUGCAUUCUAGAGACUGCCCACUGCCAUCAAGCGCUUGGUGACCAAUGAUUUUAUGGCUGUUUUAGCACGUUAUUUUUAGAAUGAUUAUCGAAGAUCGAAGGCAACGCCGUUGGAACCUAAAGCGAUCGAGGAGAAAUUAAGCCGACAGCCAUUAAUAGUCUACAUUUAAUUAUCCGCCUAUAGGACGGCCGCCUUAGAUCGCGAGAGACAUGUGCUGCCAUGUGCGAAUUUGCUAUCAUUCAAUACAAUUGUUAAUUACCUGCA